AUGGCGGACUUGCCCCCUGCUCGCUUGCGUCUCUUUAAGCCUGCAUUCCACUCCACGGGAAUGGACUUCUUUAAAUCUGAGCCCUCCCUGGGCCAGGCAGAUCCCAGCCUGUUCAGAGGAUCAGACAGCUAUGACUUUGCCAUCAGUGUCCCUGCUUCUGGAAUGGAAUGUUUCUGGCAUUUCGCCCAUCAGAGUGGACACUUCUACCUGACUUACAUGGUGCAGUGGAGCACAGGCAUGGCCAUUGACCACAGACUCUUUGUGACUGUCAUCUCACCUGAGGGUUAUCUCAUGGCAUCCGGAAAUGAUGCCAUCAGUCAAAUCCACUUCCAGACUGAGGCGACAGGUUUUUACCAGAUGUGUGUUGGUAAUCGCAAUAAGUUUGGAACAGUGCGGGUCUAUCUGAACUUCGGCGUCAUCUACGAAGGCCUUGAGGAAGUCGGGAGCGAGGGCAAGGAGGAACAGAAGGCCCUCAACAGCACUUUGACCAGUAUUGAGGAGAGCACCAAGAAGCUCCAAACUUACAUCUUCCACAUGUGGCGGCACUACAGCUAUGCCCGCAUGAGGAAAGGGGCGGACCACUACCUCCUGCUGUCCAACCUCAACUACGUCACCUGGUGGUCAGCGGCACAGAGCGUCGCCAUCAUCCUGUCUGGUUUUCUGCAGCUCUUCUUCCUCAAAAGACUGUUUCAUACAGACUCCGGCAGGCCACGAUGCUGA